GGUCGACGACUGGACUGGAGUGGAGAUGGACCUACCGCACAAUGAUGGCAUUUCAAGCAUUCUUCCAGCAAAAUAUGCAAUUUGUUGUUGCAAUAGGGGGCUCCUGUCUGUAUCUGGGGAGUGUCUAUCCUCAUCUGUGGGGUGUUGAGAAGUACAGGAAAAUGAUGGAAAUGCACAAGAAUGGCAAACCAGUUGAACUCACUGAAGAUCUGAAAAACAUUGGACAAGAGAUUCUAGACAAGAUGCUACUGCAACCAUAUGUUGAGGCGACCAUCAACUUUUUCAUGGUGUACGGUCAGGACCUCGUGAACAAGGGCUCUACGUCCUCACGGAAAGGAGCCGUCAUCGGCAUCCCCAUCAACUUCACAUACACGAGCAUCGACAAGGUGCAGAAAGAGAACAUCACCCUGAACAACAAGCCGAUCGCAUGGGACACCCCGGCUGGCCAGUCUCUUCUCGACUCCCUCAUUCUCAGCAGAAAGGCUCACCGAUUCGGGAUAGCUCGUGAACUGAUGACAACCAAUCACCAGCUGGUUCACGCUCGUGGAAUACUGCUGAUGACCUGUUGUUACUUCUCCUAUACGGCAGGCUACGCCAUGAAUCGACUCUACAACCUUCAAAAGAGGCUGAAGAUGCCAGCAAGACUUGUUAUGUACAGCGUCUUCGCAAACAUUGGCAUGAUGUCGUAUUUUUUACUGUCGGACAAGCUGAACUGGUACAAGGAAAGCAAAGCUGACAGGAAGGCAGGCGAGCUAGGAAGGGAAUAUGCCGAGGGUGGUGUGGAGUUGUACCAAAAGUUUUUGCAGAGAAAUGUUGCGAUGCGUUCUCUGAUGGGGGAAGAAGGUGGAAAGAAGUACACGGUUUAUGGGAAUGAAGUGCAUUACUGGCGGAGUCCUCACGUGCCACUAACUGUGAGGAGAGACAAUUUGAAAGAAAUAUUGAAAACCAAGUACACCAUGAACAGUGAAAAUUCAGAAAACAGUAUGUUGGACAGUGAACCAAUAGAACAAAUAUCUUAGUAGUCUCAUGUUUCCCGCGUAGGUUUAAAGUGAAGUAUUGAAGUUUUGAUGUGUAGUCAAGUAAAUCAUCUCGAUGGAUGCUGCUGCCUUGUGAUCGUAAACACUUUGUUUGUUUGACUUCCAGUAGCAUAUCAAUCACAAGAAACGUGACUUUUCAUUCGAGUUGGGAGGCUUCUGGACAUGAAGAAUUUAAAAGUCAUAGAAUUUUGUAUGUAUUUUUUGUAAUAAACAAUAAUAUAUCCUAUAUUAAAUGUCUACAUCCGGAUUUUUAAGGUGGCAAAAAUAUCACUGCUAGUGGUUUGGCGAAUUUUGUUUGAAAAUGUGUAAUCAUAUUUAAUGUGUCCUGGUCAAACAAACUGGAUCUACACAAAGGGUUGAAAGGAACAUUAAAUACGAUUCUUUUUGAAGUGGAGAAAAAUGAAAAA